AUGGGUAUUGAUCACACUUCCAAGCAACACAAAAGAUCCGGUCAUAGAACCGCUCCAAAAUCCGAUAACGUCUAUUUGAAAUUAUUGGUCAAACUAUACACUUUCCUAGCUCGUCGUACUGAUGCUCCAUUCAACAAGGUUGUUUUGAAGGCUUUGUUCUUGUCUAAGAUCAACAGACCACCUGUUUCAGUCUCCAGAAUUGCUAGAGCUUUGAAGCAAGAAGGUGCUGCCAACAAGACUGUUGUCGUUGUUGGUACCGUUACUGACGAUGCCAGGAUCUUCGAAUUCCCAAAGACCACUGUUGCUGCUUUGAGAUUCACUGCUGGUGCCAGAGCCAAGAUCGUUAAGGCUGGCGGUGAAUGUAUCACUUUAGAUCAAUUAGCUGUCAGAGCUCCUAAGGGUCAAAACACUUUGAUCUUGAGAGGUCCAAGAAACUCCAGAGAAGCGGUCAGACACUUCGGUAUGGGUCCACACAAGGGUAAGGCUCCAAGAAUCUUGUCCACCGGUAGAAAGUUCGAAAGAGCUAGAGGUAGAAGAAGAUCUAAGGGUUUCAAGGUGUAA